AUGGAUAUGGGCCGUCCUCUGGUGCCCGACUCGCUGCCCGCUGGUGUGAUGGUGGUGAAUCGAAGUCUGGUGCUACAGAAAGUGACCAGUGACGGCAGUGGCAGCUACUCCUGCGCCGCCUCCAACGCAGAGGGAGACGGCGUCAGCGACUCCGUCAGCCUGCUCGUCCGCUACGUUCCUCGCUGCAGCGUCCGCCAGCAGACGGUAUACAGCGCCGCCCUCCAUCAGACGGUGAAGGUGCCGUGCAGGGUGGACGCUCUGCCGGAUCAGCUGACCUUCCACUGGUCCUUCAACAACACCGGCGACAUCGUCCACCUGCCCACGCACCAGUUCACGGUGAACGGCUCAGGGAGUACGGCCAUCUACACGGCCCAUUCGGCGCUGGACUACGGCACUCUGCUGUGUUGGGCGCAGAACGACGUCGGUCUGCAGAGGGAGCCCUGUCUGUUCCACAUCACACCGGCCGCGGUGCCGGAGUCGCCGUCCUCCUGCACGUCCCACAACGGCACGGACGGCUCCGUGGCCGUGCUGUGCCGUGCUCCGGCCGCGGACGUGCUACCCCGUCGGUACGUGCUGGAGGUGCGCGGCCCGGCCGGUGAGCUGCUGCUCAACCUCAGCGCCGGCACGCCGCGCUUCCUGGUGCCGGCACACCUCAGCAGCAGCUACCAUCAGAUUAUUCUUUUCGCCGAGAACGCUAAGGGCCGCAGUAAGCCUCUGGUGAUCGAGACGCACCCGGCCCGAGACGCCGUGGAGCGCCGCACAGAGCGUAUCAUCGACGGCUCGCUCAAGGCCAACGCGCCUGGAGCCGCCGCCGACUCGGAGCCGCCGACCGUGGUGCCGUCGCUGACCCUGCUACUGGUGGCGGCUGGCGCCGGCGCCCUGCUGGUCACCCUGCCCGUGCUGGCCGUGGUGCUGCUGCGCCGCCGCCGCCGCCGCCGCCCAGCGGGCCGACCAGCACCCCCGGCCCCCACCAGCCCGGGCCCAGCGCCGGCAACCAGCGCUGGCCGGCCGGGCCGCCCGCCACCGGCCGCCCACCAGCCGUAUUACGUUUACGGCAAGUGCUGCUAG